AUGCCAAGCUCCGAGGAGCCUGCUUCAAUGUGUUUGAGGUCCGGUGAGCGCUGUCCUCCUGGCCAACGUCGGCCGCCAGCCUCCGAGAUGGACACCUGCAAAAGAAAAGAGGAACCCACCGGCGGUGUGUCGGCGGGGACCUGCUCCGAAGCUCAAGUCAGUAUUGAGAGGAGAGUAACCGGGACCGGCAUAGUAAGCCGGCUCUAA